CUUAAUAGCAGGGCAAUGGCUUCAGGCGCCCAGAGACUGUCGCUCACCUUUGUCCAGGGCGUGGGAUCUGUCUUCUUCAUCCUCCAGAUCAUCUCUGUUCAGGCUGAUGGGAAGGUGUUUGUGCUUGAGUCCAAGAAUAAAUCUCAGAGUCUGGACCUGGCUGAGGCUGAGAAAGCAUGUGUGGACCUGGGUGCUCGCCUAGCAAUCGCAGAAGAACUGAAAAGGGCUGUUCUGGACUGUUCUUUCGCUGGCUGCACCACAGGAUGGCUGGCGGAUGGCUCCACUGGGACAAUUAUAUGCAGAAAGACGGGCAGCAAACAGCAGAGCGUGAAAGCCAUUGAUGUUAAAAUUGAAACCCAUCCCUUUGAGAGUGACCAAUAUGAUGCUUUUUGUGUAAAGGAUGAAGACAAACCAUGCGGGGACCCGCCGUCCUUCCCUCACACCCUCUUGCACGGUCACACCGGCUUUGAAAUGGGGGACGAGCUCCUGUACGUCUGCGCACAGGGCUACAUCAUGGGCAACAAGGAAAGCGCUUUCACACUGCUCUGCGACAGCUGUGGAGAGUGGUACGGCCAAGUGCAGGCCUGUGUCAAAGAUGAAACUGAGACACACAUUGACUAUGAAGAUAAUUUUCCAGAUGACAGAUCAAUACCUAUUGUUGAGAGCAAACAUGGCAAUGGCAAAGAGGAAAUUGAGCAGGAACAAGAUCAACUUUCCUUCACUAAAAGUAUGGAGGAUAGAAGAACUGGAGGAAUCAAAGAUAUUACUAAGGUAAUUACUAAGGUAAUAGAUACUCCUGAAAAAGGAAGCAAGGCACCAACUGAAUCUCCAGUCUCACUCCUAAGCCAAAAGAACUUGUUUUGGUUUCCAUCAGAGGCUUUUAGUGAGCCUGAAUCACAGAAAGAAACAGAUGAUUCCACAAAAGUACAUUUUUCUGAAGGUGAUAACCACAUUGGGGUGAAGACAGUGUAUAAUGAACCUAGUGCCAAAAUGUUUUAUGACACUGAGGAUUUCCCCAUUGGGCCCAUUCUCACAACAAAUGAUACAAAGGCAGAGAUAGAUACAGUUGCCAUUACUGACGAGUCAUGGUUAGACGGUUAUCCAGUAACGCAAGAAGUGGUAGAAGAUGAUGAAGAGGAGGGGGAUAAAGUUGAUGGAUCAAUGGGUACAGAAGAAGACCUCAUUCUCACAACAGACCAACCAAAUCAUGUUGAAGUUAGAAAAUCAGGCAAUGGUAGCCCAACUCCAGAGGAAGGUUUAACAGAAAUAGCGACAGUGACAGCAAGGACAGAUGAUGAGGUCAAAGAGACACCAGUAGCAUUCACAUCAGUGAGUGUUCUGGAGAACCUAAGUGUGAGCAGAGGUUAUGAGGACACUUUGGGGGACCACACAACUACGUCUCUGGAACUCACAACUCAGGAGCCUGUUACAACAGUGCUUUUUGAUGUCACUAGCCUGAAGACAUCUGUGUCAGAAACCUCUGUGGUAGUCAGCCCUUUCGAUCACACUCUGCAUUCAGAAUCAAAAGAAACAACGCUUUACCCAGCUCAAGUAGCAACCACUGCACCAACUCCAGACAUCAUUACUCACACAUCAUCCCAAGAGUUGGCUGAGCAUGAAAAUCUCACCCAAGGCCUUGAGGAACAGCUUUUCCCCACUUCCGAACCAUGUGAGGGAGAGGACUGUCCCAAGUCAAGUAAAGGUGCUAUCAUAGCAGUCAUUGUGAUUCUUCUGUGCUUGUUACUGGCCGCAGCUGUACUGGCUGUGUGGUUUUUCAAAAAACGUCAGCAAAAAAAUUCUGUUUAUAAACUGAAUGGAAGGUGUCAACCCAGACAUCAUUGCUACCACCACUACCACCAACAACAUAUUGAAAUGCAGAAAGUCUAA